AACUCAUAAAUGAGCACUAGCUACUGGCUAGUGUCCUCACAGUUCAUAACAGCUUUAAUUCAAACUUUCAAAAAACAACCCAUUUCUCUCUUCAUUUUUUGUGCCCUUCCUUGUUUCUUGCACUUCCUUGUUUUUUGGUUUUUGGGUAUCUUUCAAAUACAAACAACACCUUCAAAAGCCUUCAUUUUUUUAAGGGUUGUCUCUUCUCAUUUGCAGUGAAACUUCUCUUUAUGCAAAAUAUUCUCAUCAAGCUAGCUAAAAUGUGGUGAUCUUAUUAGGUUCAUCAUUGCAAUUUGCAAAUCCAAAACAGCACUUGAACAAACAACUUUAGUCUACAAUAGCACAAGCCAAGCAGGUGAAGUGAGAUUCUCUUUUUGCUAAAAAAUCCUUAGAAUUGUUGAUUUAUCUAUCAUCAAGCAUAUCAAAUGCCAAGAUCAAGGGGAACUGAUUUGCCUCAGAGGCAGUCACCAAGAGGUACUCAUCAGCUUCGGACAUCGAGUUCCGACUCAGAUCCAUCACAUCAUCAUCGACCUGUUACUGACCGAAGUCCAAAACUAGGAGACCGACGAUCUCCAAGAGGUACUACUCAAUCCGAGACAGUAAACCAGAAGAAGCUUGGAACUCGCAUUGCAGAUUUGGAAUCACAGCUUGGUCAAGCACAACAAGAGUUGAAAAAUUUGAAAAAUCAACUAUCUUCUGCAGAAGCUGAAAAGAAAAAAGCUGAGGAUGAACUAGUGAAGAACGCUCAAUCUGUAGUUCGUGUGGUAGAAAAGUUUCAAGAGAAAAAAAGCAUUUCAAAGAAACCUCAAGAAUGUAACAUCAAAGCCGAAACAAAACCUCAAGAUGUUAUUAUACCUGAUGAAAAUCAAGAAGAGACUGAUGUGUUUGAAGUUCCUAUCGAAAAGUUGGCAAUUGAAUUCAAAAAACCUGUUGAUGUAUUUGAAAAGGAACCUCAAAUUCAACCAGCAACAUCAGAGCCAGAGAAGCCUUUUGUGGAGGAGCUGACACAAAAAAACGAAGAAAUAUUGUCGUUGAAAUCGAGUUUGGAAGAGAAAAAGAAGGAACUGGAAUCAAUGAGUAAUGAAAACGAUGAUCUGAAGAAUCAACUGAAUGAAGCAGUUUCAAAAGUGAAAACUUAUGAAACCAAAGAAGAAGGAAUGGCAAUGCAGGUGAAGCAAUUGAGUGAAGAAUUGAAAGCAAGUAAAGGGAAUGGAGAGAAGUUGAAUGAGAAGUUGAAAUCUGUGGAAGAAGAGAAGGCAGGGUUAGAAUCAGAAAUGAAGAAGCUAAGGGUGCAGACAGAACAAUGGAGAAAAGCAGCAGAUGCUGCAGCUGCAGUGCUUGCAGGAGGUUUUGAUAUGAGUGCUGCUGCUAGGGUUCCUGAAAGGUGUGGUUCAAUGGAUAAGCACUUUGUUGGUGGAACAUUUGAGACACCUGGUGGAAGGUAUCAUGGAUAUGUAGGUUCUCCUGGUAUGGUUGAUGAUCUGGAUGAUGGUUUUGGUAGUGGAAAAAAGAAGGGUUCUUCUGGUAUUAGAAUGUUUGGUGAUUUAUGGAAGAAGAAAGGUCAAAAGUGAUUUCUGCACCUGCUUGAAUUGACAGCGAGUUUGGCAGAAUCACGGUCACGUGAUUCUGUCAAAAGUAAUACUUUGGAGCCUCGAUAAAUUCACGUCACCGUAAUUUUGUCAAACUCGCUGUAAUUCCAAUGAGCUAUGGCCAUGUUUAGGUGGUAGCAGAAGCUGUGAAAAAACAGUUGCUUAUUGUUGUGCAUGCUUCUUUUUGGUAUCUUGUUUAGUUGUUUCUGUUGUAUUAUAAUGGCCAUUAAGAGUGUACUAUUAUGUUACUAUUGCAUGAUCAAUGCAAGCUAGUGAUGUGAACUUUUGAAAGAUGGUUUAUGUAAUAUUUUCCCCUUUUCCAACUGAGAUGAAGGGUUCUUAAGCAAAUUUUCUAUCUUCAUUCCUUUUGA